CACGGCACAAUAGAAAGCCGACUCAUCGGGAGAUUUUCAGCGUUGCUCCAGUUUCAUGCCAGUCAUGAUAUUAGAGAUCCACCGGAUUCGUAACGCCCAGCAGAACGUUGAACAGACCCUGGGCAAGGCCAGUCGUGCCAUACGCAGAGACAUCUCGCUCCUCGGAGUCUUGCUAAUAUACCUACGGCUCGCCUUGUUGUCCGCAGACGCUGUAUUAUGUGAUACGCCACGCGCAAAAUAAGCAAUACUAUCUCCUCUCAGCUGCGCACCCGGUUAGGAUCUACGAACGUAACACCUCGGCAAUCAUGAGUAUAUAUAGAGGCCGAGUGGAGGGCUUCGUUAGGGUCCACAUUCCAAUAACAUCCAGUCCACCUUGAACCGCCAGCACCACACUCAAAUUAUUCAGCGCAACGAUUCCAUCUCAUAAAAACCUGCUCGCCAUCGCCGGCCCUCGUAACUUAUCAGUACUAGUUUGCCAUAGCCAUACCGAAUAUGUCUAAGCCCUCUAUUCUCCUUGUUCCUGGCUCCUUCUCUCUGCCGGAGUUCUAUGACAAAGUUAUCAGCGGUGUCGCAGCCAAAGGCUAUGAGAUCAGGGGCCUGCAUUACCCCAGCGUUGGUUUUAAGACAGGACCCCGCCAGGGGGAGCCGGCGACCAUGCUCGACGAUGCCGCCUUCAUCGCCAAGGAGGUGGAGGCUCUCGCGGACGAAGGCAAGGAUGUGAUCCUCCUCGCCCAUUCUUACGGGGGGGUUCCGAUCACCCAGAGCGCCAAAGGGUUGUCGAAGCAAGAAAGGCAAAAGGAAGGGAAGAAGGGCGGCAUCGUCCGGCUCCUAUACAUGACGGCCCUGGUUGUACCCGAGGGGGUUUCAGCAAGCGGUAUCCUCGAGACAUUUGGUGACGGGUUCCGUCUUGAAUUCGGGCAAGAUGAGAAAGGUUGGCUCCAAUUCAAGGACCUCUCGGCGGCGGCUGCGCUCACAUUCUCGGAUAUGCCCGACCAAGAGGAGACCGAAAGACUAAUCAGCCAAUUCCCGAACCACACUGCCGCUAGCUUCGCCACGGAGUUGACACAUGCUGGAUAUAAAAACAUCCCAUCGUCGUAUUUACUCUGUGAGGAGGACCGGAUUAUCCCCUCCAAGAACCAGAGGGAUGCCGUUGAGCUGAUCGAGCGGGUGAGCCAGAGCCAGGUCGAGGUUACUACCGUUCAAUCGGGCCACGCUCCUCAUGUCACGAAGGCCCCAGAGGUGGUCGACUGGGUUUUGAAGGCGGCGGCAAAACAUGAGAGCAAUUAGUUUAAACUAUUGCUAUAGGCCCCAGGCACUUUUAACGAGAGGGGUGUUUUUCUAUAGUCAAAUCAUCAUCAUUUAGAACCUGAUUGUCUAGACAGCAUUUCCGAGCUAGAUCCUUUAUUCGUUAUAUCAUUUAGGAAGUUGUGCCGUUUCUUAUUCUUUAAUUAGUGCAGGUCCGUUUCGCUGUGCUGUAUUGGAACACCGCCGCUUAAUAUGGUCCGGUGACACUAUGUGGUUAUGUCACACGAACCAGGCGGUCUAAUCAGACCUGAAUAUUUCUAUGUUUCUCUUCGAAUAUGCGGAAGCUCUCAAAAGGAACCAUACGCGGUUAGCGAAGACGAACUGUACCAGGCAGCUAACGUUAGCCCAGUAUUACGUCUGCUAUUGACAUAGGAACAACGGGGAAAACAUGAGCUACAAUUAAAACAUCGCCAGGCUUGUUGUGCUAGGUCUCGUUUUUUAUCUUGUUAUACA